GUUCUCUCUCGUGCUUCAUCGGCAUUCCUGGGCAAUUCAGUGCGCGCGCCCUCAAGUCCAGCUUCAGCAGCAGCACGCGCACCUCAGGCGACAGGAUCGCGCAUCUGCAGAGCCCGACACGUUUCUAAAUAACACCGGAAUAACGCCAUGAGAUUACAUCGUCUUUGAUGGAGGUGAUGUUUUGGUAGGAACCUCUAUCGUAAGAUGCUGUGGUGUUGUGCGAGGAUCCUGAACACCACAAUGAAGCUGCUAUUUUUGGUGGCACUCUUAUGGCGCGGGGCAUUGUGCGGAUCUCCGAGCGUCCAGAUUGGUGGUUUAUUUCCCAGAGGCGCAGAUCAGGAGUACAGUGCAUUCCGAGUUGGCAUGGUUCAGUUUGGGAUGGCAGAUUUCAGGCUAACUCCACACAUAGAUAACCUGGAGGUGGCCAACAGCUUUGCUGUUACUAACUGCUUUUGUUCCCAGUUCUCUCGGGGUGUCUAUGCCAUUUUUGGCUUCUAUGACAAGAAAUCGGUCAACACCAUCACAUCCUUUUGUGAGACACUUCAUGUCUCCUUCAUUACACCUUCUUUCCCAGCAGAAGGAAUGAAUCAGUUUGUUCUCCAAAUGAGGCCGGACAUCAAGGGGCCACUAGUUUCAUUAGUGGAAUACUACAAAUGGGAAAAGUUUGCCUAUCUGUAUGACAGUGAUCGAGGUCUUUCGACUCUUCAGGUAAUACUGGACACUGCAGCAGAGAAAAAAUGGGUCGUCACUGCAAUAAAUGUAGGAAACCUGAAAGAUGAGAGAAAGGAUGAAGCCUACCGGUCCCUGUUUCAGGACCUGGAGAUCCGUAAGGAACGACGCAUCAUACUGGACUGCGAACAAGAUAAAGUGAAAGACAUCAUGGAGCAGGUGAUCACUAUAGGCAGGCACGUGAAAGGAUAUCACUAUAUCAUCGCAAACUUGGGUUUUGUGGAUGGUGACCUCUCUAAAAUCCAGUAUGGAGGUGCAAAUGUGUCUGGCUUUCAGAUUGUAGAUUUUGAUGAUCCUGUGGUGGCAAAGUUUGAUCAGCGAUGGGAGGCUUUGGAAGAAAAGGAGUAUCCUGGAGCUGAUAUAAGGAUUAGAUAUACUUCAGCCCUCACCUAUGAUGCAGUCCAUGUGAUGACUGAGGCAUUCCGAUUCCUGCACAAGCAAAGAAUAGAUAUAAGUCGUCGCGGCAACAGUGGGGACUGUCUAGCUAAUCCAGCAGUACCCUGGGCGCAAGGGGUGGAAAUUGAGCGUGCCCUCAAACAGGUGCAUGUAGAUGGUUUAACAGGGAAUAUACAGUUUGACCAGUACGGGAAAAGGAUCAACUAUUCGGUGACAAUCAUGGAGCUUAGGAACAAUGGACCUGUUAAGAUUGGGUAUUGGAAUGAGGUGGAUAAGAUGGUUCUGACAAAGUCAGACCUUUACCCAAAUGACACAAUGGGAAUGGAAAAUAAGACUGUCAUCGUUACAACGAUACUGGAAGCACCGUAUGUGAUGCUAAAGAAGAAUGCUGAAUUGUUUCAAGACAAUGACCGUUAUGAAGGUUACUGUGUCGACCUGGCUGCGGAGAUUGCAAAGCACUGUGGGAUACGCUACCAGCUGAGGAUUGUGGGAGAUGGCAAAUAUGGAGCAAGAGAUGCUGAAACCAAAAUCUGGAAUGGUAUGGUUGGAGAGCUGGUAUAUGGGAAAGCAGAUAUAGCUAUUGCUCCCCUGACAAUCACUCUUGUCCGUGAAGAGGUGAUAGAUUUCUCCAAACCCUUCAUGUCUUUGGGAAUCUCCAUCAUGAUUAAAAAGCCACAAAAAUCCAAACCAGGUGUUUUCUCCUUUCUGGACCCACUGGCCUAUGAAAUCUGGAUGUGCAUUGUCUUUGCCUACAUAGGAGUUAGUGUUGUUCUCUUUCUGGUAUCCAGGUUCAGCCCUUAUGAAUGGACGCUUGAGGAGCCAGAAGAUGGAGCCUUGCCAUUAACCACUGAAUCCACCAAUGAGUUUGGGAUCUUUAAUUCUCUUUGGUUUUCUUUGGGUGCUUUCAUGCGACAGGGUUGUGACAUCUCACCAAGGUCUCUUUCAGGACGUAUAGUUGGUGGGGUGUGGUGGUUUUUCACUCUGAUCAUUAUCUCAUCAUACACUGCUAACCUGGCUGCCUUCCUCACGGUGGAGAGGAUGGUGUCUCCCAUUGAGAGUGCUGAAGACUUGGCUAAGCAGACGGAGAUAGCAUAUGGAACACUGGACUCUGGAUCCACCAAGGAGUUUUUCAGGGUAAGGACUUUUAGUAUCAGCUGGACAAUAGGAAGAGCCUGCUUCAGCACUUCCACGCACCUAGAGUGUUUAUGAAAUUUAUUUUUUCAAAUGGGAAUCCUUAGAUGACAAAAUAUGAUGAUUGUAGUCUCGCAACUUAAUCCAAAAUUUCCGAUAGAUCUUUCCUUGGAGUUCAACUGAAUCAUGUCCUGAAACCUGUCUUCUUUAUAAGCUGAAAGAUAUAUUUGUCCCCCAAAAAAAAUUUUGUCAUCCAAAAGAAAACUUGAAUUCAAGUCAGCAUGGUUUCAGGCCCUUUGUAUGUUAAUUUUUUGUAUGUCACAUUCAUUUAACUUAGUUUCACAUAGUGGUUCAACGGCACACAACUGAGCUAGAUGUGGGAUGAAGUGAGCAGCUUUAGAGAAUCUAUCAACAACGGUGAGAAUGACGCUCUUUCCAGAGGAGCUGGGGAGACCAGUAACAAAAUCAAGGGAGAUGUGAGACCAAGGCCGGUGAGGUGUUGUGAGCGAGUGGAGCUGACCUAGGGGGUGCUUAGUGGAUGGCUUGUUGUGAGCGCAAACGGCACAGGCUGACACAUAUUCCUUUACGUCCUUUAUUAGAAAUUUCCAUCAGAAAUGUCGUCUAAGGAGUUGUAUUGUUCUACUCACGCCAGGGUGGCACGAAAAUCGUGCAGUGUGAAUCCAAUGAAUGACCGCCCCAUGGGCGGUAGCGGGGACGAAGCGCCGCCCAGGUGGCCCGGUACCUGGGUUGGGGUCCCCUGCGAGGGCCUGGCAGAUAGUCUCCUCAAUGUCCCAGAUGAGAGCGCCUAAAACGCAGGC